AGCGGGGGACUUCAGCAGUAACUUUGCAGGUGCAGAACGAAAUUAAAAUCUGGCUCCGAAAUGUAAAUAAGUCAAUCAACAAUCAACAAACUAUCAGCUGGCAGUUGGCUUGCAUCCACUGCUACUACUUUUACCCUCAAGUUACAGUAAACUCUCAAGAUGUGGAUGAAAAUAGCUCUUAUAUUCGUUUUCGUUGCCUUCGUCGUCACAAAUGUCACGGCUCAGAUUGACAAUGACGCAAGAUGUAAGUGUCUCUGUCCCAGCCUUCCACUUCCAGAAUCGAAUGAAACAAGAAAGGGUAAUCAAUUCAAACAGUAUAAAGGUGACCCAGACCCCAGUCAAUGCACAUGUCGUGAUGUUGUUCUUCCUAAGUUGUCAGAUGCAGAAAAGGCAGGACUUCCUCCAGAAUUCUGUGUUAGAUGUGACUGCAAGUAUGAGAACAGAAAUACGACAAUAAUUAAGGUUGUUGUUAUUAUUGUGAUAUGGAUUAUCAGUCUUUUAGUAGUAUACAUGCUUUUUUUGAUUUGUCUCGAUCCAUUGUUAAACAAAAGAGUUCAAAGCAAUUACACUGAACACACCAAUGAGGAUGAGAUGUCCGGAGGAGAAGGUGUCUCACAUGCCAUGGGUGUACGUUCAAACGUUCUUAACAGAGUUGGCCACCAGCAGGACAAAUGGAAAAGGCAAGUUCGUGAGCAAAGAAGGAAUAUUUAUGAUCGCCACACCAUGCUUAACUGAAUUAUUUCUGGUAUUUUUGUUAUGAGUAUCAGCUAAAUGGUUUUUGCUAUCUUGAUAGAAGUCAGAAUUUUGGCAGAUUCCCGAUUCCCUUAUAACACACUGUACUUGAUUCUUUCCGCAUUCCCCAAUAUGUACUUUUAACUACUAUAGGUCAACUUAUGUACUAUGAAGUUUUGUUUUUUCAGAACCUGAUUGUAAACUUUUCUAGCAUAAGAAAAUAAAGUUGUGUUUUUUAUUUUAUUUAACAACUAUUUAA